AUCAAUUCUUCUUUUUCAUAGUUAUUUGUAUACAACAUCCUCAUUCGUAGUGGCAGCAUAACUUAUUCCUCUUAUGGUGUCGUCUGCUUCAAUUUUAAUACUCUGCGAAAUUGUUAGUUAUGAAUUUCAAAUUUUGUUUUGAUCUAUGCUGAUUGCUUACAAAUAAUCGAGAUCGUAUUUCUGGUGUAUUUUGUAUUGUUUUCGAGUGCCUUCAGAAAUCACUGUAUUUAUUCAUUUAACUUUCACAAUCCAUGUAAAAAAAAAGCAUGAGCUUUAUAGAAGGUAUUGGUGAUGAAGUGACAGUUUUUUUUGUUGUUUUGGUAGUUAUCGCAUUGGCGACUUUGGUUACCCUUAUUGGUAAUAGAUAUAGUAAUCGGCUUUAUAGUGCAAGACCUAUUCGUGCACGGCCACUGGUUAUACUACAGGAAACACAAUCACAACAGGCACAACUAAGAGAAAUUCCAAAUACAGAACCUCCUGAAAGCAGUGGGAAUCUUUCAAAUGAUCAGUUAAGGCCUUCCAGAGAAAGUAGAUGUCAAGACCUCUCUUCCAAUGAAGCACCACAGGCAGAAAUUCCAAAUACAGAAACUCCUCCAAGCUGUAGAAAUAGACAUAAUCAACCAUGGGGUUUCAGAAACACCAAUCAAGCCACUUCUCAUGAAGAAGGAGUUGAAGAUAUUAGUGAAGAUACUGAGGACCAAAAUAGUUCUGAUGAAAUGAGACAAUCUGAAGUACAUCCAGAGAACCAGGAAAGGGAAACACCAACUGCUCCACCAGAGGAGGAGUGUAAUGAGAACAGUGAACAAAGAACAGAAUCAACUUCCUUGGGUAUUCGAAUUAGAUUGAAAUAUUUAGAUGAUACAGAAAGGACUGUUAGAUCAAAUCCUUCUGUAAGCAUAGGGGAAUUUAAAAGAAAUCAUUUUCAAGAAGAUUUAGCUAAUAAUAAAAUUGUUCGCCUCAUUUUCUGUGGACAUCUUCUUAGAGACAAUUCAACACUUGAGUCUUAUCGUGUUGUUGAUAAUUCUGUAAUACAUGUUCAAAUAUUACAAGCACAAACUGACCAAAAUAGAUCUCCUGUCAGCCAAAAUACAGAGUUAGACCUAAGCAAUUUCCUUUGGCCUUUAGUGUCCAUUCUUCUUGGAAUAUGCUGGGUUUUCUAUUUUAAAUAUCCAGAGUUUUUUAAUUUACUUUCAAUAGGACUUUUACUCCUAUUCACAAGUGGCUUUGUUUUCCUAUACAGCCAGUUACGUAUACGCUGAAAAAUACCAAGAUGGCAGUAGAAAAUCAAAUGCAUUUAAAUUCCUGCUUAAAUGCUUUAUGAAGGGUAAAAGAAUGAAAAUGUGUCACUUCAUAACUUUUAUGUAUAUUUAAAUUAAAAUGUGUUUAAUCUAAUUGAUUUUAUAAAUCUUAAGUUGUAAUUUUUAUUAGAAAGGAAAUUUGUUUGCUUUAAUAAUUAAUCUAAAACUGCAAUUGCUGAAUGAAUCAAACUCUAUUAGAGAAGAGAUUAGAAUUUUUUUUUAUAUAUAAUAUAAUAGUAUUGUUAUUUAUGAGCUACUAAGUAUACAGAAAUACAAUAAAAUUUGUUAAAUCUGUGCGUCAUUGUAAAUUACAAAUUAAAAAAUUAUUGUAAACUAAUUUGUUAUCUUUAAGAAUGUUAAUGCUGUAUAAAAAAUGAAAGAAUAUUUUAUAAAAUGUCUUUCGGUUGUUAAGAAAUGCACAAAUUUUAUUGAUAAGUUAUCAAAAGAGUUUAAAAGUUACCAAUUGUGCCAAUUAUUUCAAAAUAAUAAAAAUGUGAUAAUAUCAUAUAAAAGAAGAUAUUCUUAACUACUAUGAGUAUAUUUUAUUUUCUAAUAUUCAGUAUUCUUUAUAAGCCAAUGAAAGUGAGUACAUUAAUUUGUCUUCAGCUUACUGAAUUAUUGCACCUGUUUGUAAGUUCCAUUAGAUUAAAGAUUCCACAAAUGUCUGAAAGUAUUUAUUGUAUCCUGUUAUGUUUAUGUUCUUGUUUUAAUGGAAUGCACAACUCAACAUGAACAUUUAAUGUUUUGUUACUGUUCAAAGAAAGUCUGUAUUUUUAUGUGAUGGAAAAGAACUAUGUAAAAAUUAUCAUAUGUUUUCUUUUGUUAUAUUUUCCUUUUUCUUCAAACAAGUAAAUCACUAAAAUGUCUUGACAUUUUAUUUGGGUUGAAAGGAAUAGUCAGAUAUUAUGUAUCCUUAUAUGAAUAUAGUACUUUUCAAUUCGAAGAAUGUUACUUAAACAUGUGAUUACAAAAGAAAUCUGUCACUUUGUAAACAGCAUAUUUGUCAUACUUUCACCAUUUAAAAAUAAAAUU